AUGUCACGAGUUGAAAUGCCUCGAAUCAACAGCCUCGGCGGAGAGCUCCGAGGUACUGAGCUGUUUCCAUGCAGCAACGACGACCAGAGGGCGCAGUACUUACAUCAUCAUGAGGAAUAUCUCUCUGCUCAUCGUGAGGUCCGAGAGAAGUUGAAUGAAACCCUGUGCCACAUCUCAAAACUGUGCCGCGCUGUUGCAAGAGAAUGCGAGAUUGACCUUGCUAUGGACAUGCACUUGCAGAAUGUGCGGGACAUGUUUGAGCUCACCUCGCACGAGAUACAGUCACUCCAUGGCAUGCUCCAGGGUGAAAAGAGGAGGACUGCCAUCCUUUUCGAUGAAUAUCAGAAGAUGCUGGAUACAAACUCCUUCAGUCACGAGGCGAAUGAACGAUUCACGCGCAUGGCACAGGACCGAAGGUCGAAUCACAUCAAAGUUCGCGAAGAGCAAGUCAACCCACCUGAGUGUGUUGAUGAUGAAGGAACCCUCGAGUGUGUUCUCGGUUCUCAGCCCUGGUACACCAACACGAGGGCAGAUCAAAUAUGCCAGUGCUUGCGGCAUAUAAAGAGCGAGAUCUCGCUGUCGAUACAUACAGGCAGGUUUUUUCUAGUGCCUCCAUGGACUUUGAUGGCUGUAAGAUGA